AUGGCACCCGUUCCUCCUAGCGCAUCCGCGUCUUAUAAAAAAAAGGAUGGGACAUUGGCGAUAUCGAGUGACCUCCAGUCUAUUACUUGGACUCCUAAAGCUGGUCCAGAUGGCUCGUUUACCUUACAGACAGCACCCAUCACCAACUUGCAGCAGACCCCCGUUAACAACCCCAAGGUUAUGCUGAAGAUAUUCAUUCAAGCGCCAAACCAAUCCCAAGGCCAAGAGAACGCUGCUCCGGUGCCGUAUGUCUUUACUUUCACUUCGCCGUCGAAUGCACGCCCCGAAGCCGACGCAAUAAAGGCAGCCCUGAACACGGUUAUCCAAGCUACUAAAGUAGCCCAGACACCUGCACGAGAUGGCACUCCCGCUGCACUUGCGGCGGCAAAGCCGCCAUGGUAUGACGAUGCUCGUCUAAAGGGUGAUAUGGCUCUGCAGCAGUCCUUAUUGAAUUCCAAUGAGAGUCUGAAGCGAGUGUUUGCGGAGUCUCUUCGAACUAAGCCAGCUUCUGUCACACACGGACAACUUGUAUCUCAGUUUUGGUCUUCUAGAAUACAUCUACUCAGGGCCCAUGCGAUUGAAAAAUCCCAAGAACAGGGUGCCUAUAAUGUUUUGUCAACCGUCAAACCGCGGAUGGAGGAUAAGCGCAGACUUAACCUAAGCAAGGAACAGAUCCAGCUGAUUUUCAGCCAGCAUCCUUUGGUUAAAAAAGUUUAUGAUGAGAACGUUCCAAAGGUGGCAGAGGAGGUAUUCUGGUCCCAAUUUUUCCAGAGUCGUCUUUUCAAGAAAUUGAGAGGCGAGCGGAUUACGGAUACCGAUCCCACCGAUUCCCUGCUCGAUAAGUAUCUAAAAUUCGACGAAAACACGGGGCGACCAGCGGCCGACGCUGAACGAAUCCCUCAUCUCAUCGACCUGGAAGGAAACGAAGAGCAUAACUCUCAGAGACAGGGUAACCGGCCGAAUUUUGAUAUGAGACCAACCUCAGUAGACAAAGUUCCGAUUAUACGGACUCUGAAUACCCUUAGCGAAAAGAUUAUGAAAAAUGUGGCGCCGGCCGAUCAGAACCUCACUUACGCUGAGGAUGCGGACGAUGAAAUGUAUAAUGAAUUACAAUUACGAGAUCUCCGCGAGGACGAAGAGCAGAGACGAAUCAUGUUGAAUAUUCGGGAUCAAAGCCGCUUUUUCUCUGAAGGUCAAGGUAGUGAAGUUAAGGACGUUCGUGUUUUUGCCAAUCAAGACCCAGCAGCCAGCCUGAAUAUGCUACAGUCAGAGUUUAACCAUACAUACAUGGGUGCAGGGCAGGUUAGGCUGAGCCGACUUGUCGAGCCUGAGGACGAUGACAGUAGUGACGAUGACCCAAAAAAACCCAAGAAAGAACCAGUCGGCUCAAAGGCUAGCUUAGCGAGUGCGAAAUCUCAGAUCUUUGAAAUGAUCGGGCAACGAAAAGCUCAGGCGGACCCCGAAUCGUCAUCAAACACCUGUGGGCUUUCCCAGACCGUCUUCGAUCGCCUGACCCUGACGCAUGCUACCACAACCGAGUUCCUGACUCAGUUUUGGCAGGCAUUUCUGUCCGGGAACCCUGAUCGGGCCUCUGAGAUUGCAUCCAUGGUUGAGUCACUCAAUCGAGCAAUGGAUCGAAUAAAUGAAGUGUCAAAGACAGCCGAAGCUGAACGACAAGUUGAAGUUGACAAGCUAAGGAAGCAUGCUAGGGAGGUAAUGGCUUCGACGGGCAAGAGAAUUCGCCCGAACGACGUUGACGGCGGAGAGAAGGUGGUUAAACAGCUGAUGGGCCCUACGAUUAAUGCGUUAGCAAAGGCAACGGCUGAGUACCAGAAGGCUCUUGCGCAGCAGUCAGGAGAAGGACAGCCAUGA